CUCGGUGAGCUCUAUCUUCGCCUUGAGUUUUACAAAGAUGCUCUUCUGUAUCAGAAAAAACAUUUAGAGCUCGCUGAGGAUGCCAAUAAUCUCAUUGAGCAGCAAAGGGCCAAUACACAACUAGGUCGUACCUACCAUGAAAUGUUUUUAAGGUCUGACGAUGACCAUUAUUCGGUUCAGAAUGCCAAAAAGUAUUUCAAGUCUGCUAUGAAGCUUGCUCAGAUUAUCAAGGAGAAUCCACCUACUAAGAAUUGUUCUUUCCUCAAGGAAUAUAUUGAUGCACAUAACAAUAUAGGAAUGCUUGAGUUUGACCUUGAUAAUCCAGAAGAGGCUCGAAAAAUCUUAACUAAAGGAUUGGAGAUUUGCGACGAAGAAGAGGUAAUGGCAGACGAUGAUGGGCGCAGCAGGCUCCAUCAUAACCUUGGAAAUGUUUACAUGGAGCUAAGGAUGUGGGAUAAUGCUCGGGAACACAUUGAGAAGGACAUUAUGAUAUGUAAAAGAAUUGGCCAUUGCCAAGGGGAGGCAAAGGGGUACAUCAAUCUUGGUGAAUUACAUUACCGUAUUCAGAAGUAUGAGGAAGCACUCCUUUGCUACCAAAAAGCACGUGAACUGGCAAAAUCAAUGGAAGAUGAGGAUGCUUUACUCAGGCAGAUUGAUCAAAAUAUUGAAAUUGUAAACGAAGCCAUUAAAGUAAUGGAUGGGCUGAAGAAAGAAGAGCAGAAUCUCAAAAAGCUAACAAGAGACAUGGCCAUUACAAGAGGCACACCGCGUGAGAGGAAGUGUCUGCUGCAGCAAAAUGCUUCUCUUGAUUGCCUCAUAGAGAAAUCAAGGACGAUCUUUGCCUGGCUUAAGCUCCUUGAAUUUGCGAAAAGGAAGAAGAUAAUAGCGAGUGAGCUUUGUGACCAAGAAAAGCUGAGUGAUUCUCUUUUGGUUAUUGGAGAAUCAUACCAGAAGCUAAGAAAGUUCAAGAAAGCCCUUAAGUGGUACAUGAAGAGUUGGGAAAUAUACAAGUCAAUUGGUAAUUUGGAGGGGCAAGCGUUAACAAAAAUUAAUGUAGGUGAUGUUUUGGACAGUGAUAAUAAUUGGGAAGGAGCACUAGAUGCAUUUGAAGAGAGCUACAGGCUUGCGGUUGAGGCGAACCUUCCUUCUGUACAGCUUAUGGCACUAGAGAAUAUGCACUACAGCCACAUGAUAAGAUUUGACAAUGUUGAAGAGGCCAGGAGAUUGCAGCUUCGAAUCGACAAAUUGAAGCAAUCAAAAUAUAAAGAUCUUCAAACAGAAAAUGUGGCAGAGGAUCACUGCUCGGAAUCUGAUACAGAAGGGAGUGGUCAUCUGUCAGAUAAUAUGUGCAAUGCAUGCGGUUCAUCAGAGAUAAGAAAAUGCAAUUCUAGCAAAUCACAAUCUUUAGCCAGUGUGGAAGAGUUAAACGAUGAGGAACCUAUAAUUUCUCUUAUCUCUUCGACCAAAGCUUCACCCAAGGUGAAAUCCGCUCAUUUAGGAAAACAAAAUAUUACAACUGAGACAAAUGUUUCACAAAAAAGUUUGUCUGAACUGAACACUAAUGAGCAGACAGUCAUUGGCCGUAAACGUGUUCGUUUAGUCCUUUCUGAUGAUGAAGAUGAAAUGUAUGAUGAGGUACAAUGCUCAAAAAGCUGGUCUAAGAAACUCCCAUUAGAAGAUGUUGCUACAUCUGAUGAACUGAAGAGUAAAAGAAAUACAGCCAGCCCUGCUCGUAAAUUUCAGGAUGUCUCAGCCUAUACCUCAAAUCAUAUCACAAGGUCUUGCAAUCCUGUUAAUAUUGAACAAAGCUCUAGUUCAUGCAAAUCCAGGACUCUUAAUGUGGUCACUCAAAAUGGCAGAGGUUUUAGAGCUUCAAGCUCCGAAGGUUCCAUUGCUGCUAGUGGCUCUAAAUGUGAUAUCGGUGUCCCUGAAAAUCUAGUUAAUAAGAAUCACGGUGCCCAUCUUAUUUUUCUUACCUCUGAUGAUGAAAACAAUCAAUGCAUUACAGUCAAGAUUGACAAAGACCUAAUACAUUUGGAUAAUGGCUCAUUUAUGGAUUCUGAUAAGUUAAGCAUUGAGUCUGUCAAGGUUGAACUGGCGUGCUUAUACUACUUGCGACUUCCAAUGGAAAGAAGAUCAGAAGGGCUACUUCCAAUAAUACAGAAUAUAAAAUGUGGUGAAAGUGUCAUACAAUCUGUGGAAACAUUUCAAAAUCUUAAGCAGGAUAUGGGGAAAGUCUUGGUUGAAGCUUUCAUUGAUGGUAUGUGUUUCAACAGUUUGAAGC